CUCAUUCCAACUGGCAACUAAAGCCUUAAAAUCCCCUCGCCCCUCAACUCCACACCUCCUACCUCACAAGUCACAUCUCGAUCCCAUCCUCUUCUCCAACCAUGGCCUCCUCCACCCAUCUCUUCCUCCUCGCCGCCACCUUCUCCGCCAUCAUUGGCAUCGCAGCUGCCGCAACCGCCGCCGCUCCGUCCGCCGCCGGCCUCAACAACCUCACUGAUAUUCUCACAAAGGGUGGUCAAUAUAACACAUUCAUUCGCCUUCUGAAAUCCACACAAGUUGGACAGCAGAUUCAGAGUCAGCUCAACAACUCCUUUAAUGGACUGACGAUCUUUGCUCCUACUGAUAAUGCCUUCAAUAAUCUGAAGGCUGGCACUCUCAAUGGGCUGAGCGCUCAGGACCAAGUUAACCUUGUACUCUCCCAUGUUCUGCCAAGGUAUUACAGCCUGUCAACAUUCCAGACGGCCAGCAACCCGGUGUCCACCCAGGCGUCGGGUCCCGGCGGCGUGUACACAGUCAACGUGUCGAGCACCACCAACCAAGUCAACGUGACCACCGGCGUCGUCGAAACUCAGGUCAACAACGCUCUGGACACCAACUUCCCCCUCGCCGUCUACUCCGUUGACAAGGUUCUCCUUCCCACCGAGCUCUUCGGACCAAAGCCGCCGGAGGCGGCACCAGUAGCGGUGGCGCCGUCGAAGUCUCCGGCUAAGGGAAGGCCCACGAAGGGCGACACAGCGGCGCAGUCAGUGGCGGAGGCGCCGGCGGAUGCGGCGAGCCACCCGUCGUCGGCGGGCAGGCUGAUGGCCGGAGCUGCGGUUGUGGGAUUUUUUGGGAUCGUGAGUAUUUUGUGAGAUUUUUUUUAGCAUUUAGGGAUUUCAUUUGUAAUUGUUGUCUUAUUGCAUGCCACGUGGCGUACGGUCCAUGUGUCAUGCGUUGGGUGAAUACAGUGGUGGCUCCA